CGUAAUACAAGCUAUACAAGAUAAAUAAUUAGAUAAAAUAAUUUAUGCUGUUUUCCGUAUCCACUAUGAUAUAAAUAAUCGCAGUCGACGUUGAACUGGUUUCCAGUUGAGUUUACAAAAACAACAUUUAAUUUUCUUGUGUUUAUAUAAUAUAAAUAUUGUUAAAUAAAAUCAGUGUUAUGGCAGAGGAAUGUGAGAGACGUCUUCGGAUUACAAUAGACAAUAUAGCUAAGGAGAUUGGAUAUGAAAAUCAUGAAGUAAGUGUUCGUGAGUUUCACACAGGUGGUGCUAACUACACCUCACGUUUGUACCACAUUAUACUAUCAACACCAAAACAUGAAGACUUGAAACUGUUCGCGAAAGUCGCGGCUACAGCGGAGGAAGUGCGGAAGAUGUAUCCAUUCCAAAUCUUCGAUACGGAAAUCUACGUAUAUACCAAACUGCUUAAAAGAUAUAGAGAACUGGAGAACGAGAAUGGGAUUGAGAAACAGAACAGGCUAACAACGACCAAGUUUUAUGGCUUUAGUAAAGUAUAUCUAUACGAAACAUUGGUGAUGGAGGACAUGGUAGCUAAGGGUUUUAAGACGUAUGAUAGAUUUAAAAGCAUUGAUUGGCAGCACGCUUCUCAAGCAGUGUUUGAACUGGCAAAGUUCCACGCGCUUUCAAUAGCUAUAAGAGAUAAAGACUCUGAAGAGUUUGAUAAUUUAACGAGCAAUUUUGGUUUGUUAUUUGAUGGCGUACAAUUUAAAACAUUCUUUGAUAUUGCUUACAAAUCAGCUCUUUCGGCGAUUAAGGAGGAACAUCGGCAGCGGCUGACCGAUUUUUUUAACAAGCAAGACUUCGACUUUUAUAAUAAACCCAUUCGAUAUCCUGUACUCACGCACGGAGAUUACAGGCCCAGCAACUUGAUGUAUAAAGUAUACGAGGAUGGCAAGUUGGAUAUCGUUCCAUUAGACUACCAAGGAUGUCAGAUAUCCAGCCCCUUAAGAGACUUAAUGUAUUUUAUAUUUUCCGGAACCGAUGGAGUUUUCCGCGCCCGAUGUUAUCGACAACUGCUCGAUUCCUAUUAUUCUGAAUUAAAUAAAGCCUUGCGAAGGUUACACGUGGACCCUGAAAAAGUUUAUUCCAAAGAAGAUUUUGAGUACGAAUUAGAAUUGAUGCAGCCGUAUGGCCUGAUCAUGGGUGUGAUGCUGCUUCCUGUAAUAACAGUGCACGAGGAAAACGCUCCGGAUAUGACAAAGAGCACCUUUGAAGACUUUGCAAUCACACCUAACGAAGUGGGUGCGCAGAGAUUGAACGAAGUUGUUGAGGAUUUCAUUGAAAUGGGAAUAUUAUAAUAUAUAUCA